AUGUGGGGAGCCUGCGUGUUGCUGCUGGCCCUUGGACUACAGCUGUCAUUUAGUGUCACCCCAGUGGAGGAGAAGAACCCACACUUCUGGAACCAAAGGGCAGCCAAGGUCCUGGAUGCUGCCAAGAAGCUACAGCCUAUUCAGACAUCAGCCAAGAACCUCAUCAUCUUCCUGGGGGAUGGGAUGGGGGUGUCCACGGUGACAGCCACCAGGAUCCUAAAAGGACAGCUGCAAGGCCACCUGGGACCUGAGACACCUCUAGCCAUGGACGCCUUCCCAUACACGGCUCUGUCCAAGACAUACAGCACAGACAUGCAGAUCCCAGACAGCGCAAGCACAGCCACAGCCUUUCUCUGCGGGGUUAAAACUAAUACCAAGGUCAUCGGCUUGAGCGCAUCUGCACAGUUUGACCAGUGCAACACAACGUGGGGCAAUGAGGUCCUCUCUGUGAUGCACCAAGCUAAGAAAGCAGGAAAGGCAGUAGGAGUGGUGACCACCACGUCAGUACAGAAUGCCUCUCCAGCUGGCACCUACGCGCACACGGUGAACCGUAAUUGGUACUCGGAUGCAGAAAUGCCUGCCUCGGCGCUGCAGCAGGGCUGCAAGGACAUUGCCACACAACUCAUUUCCAACGUGGACAUUGAUGUGAUCCUUGGUGGUGGCCGCAAGUUCAUGUUUCCCAAGGGGACACCAGACCAGGAAUAUCCAGAUAACUGGAACCAGGUUGGAACCAGGCUGGAUGGACGGAACCUUGUUCAAGAGUGGCUGGCAAAGCACCAGGGAGCCAAAUACGUUUGGAACCACACGGAGCUCAUUCAAGCAUCCCUGGACCCAUCUGUGACACACCUCAUGGGCCUCUUUGAGCCUGAACACAUGAAGUAUGACAUCUACCGAGACCCUGCCCAGGACCCCUCCCUGGAGGAGAUGACAGAGGUGGCUGUGCGCAUGCUGAGCAGGAAUCCCCAAGGCUUCUAUCUCUUUGUGGAAGGGGGCCGCAUCGACCACGGUCAUCACCAAGGCAUAGCUUAUCGUGCACUGACUGAGGCUGUCAUGUUCGACUCAGCCAUUGGCAAGGCAGACCAGCUCACCAGUGAGCAGGACACGAUGAUCCUUGUCACCGCUGACCACUCCCAUGUCUUCUCUUUUGGCGGCAACACACUUCGGGGGACCUCCAUCUUUGGGCUGGCUCCCUCUAAGGCUCUGGAUGGCAAAUCCUUUACCUCGAUCCUAUAUGGCAACGGUCCUGGCUACAGGCUCCUUAAUGGUGUCCGGGCUGAUGUCACUAAGGAAGAGAGCAGUGACCCCACAUACCGGCAGCAGGCAGCUGUACCCUUGUUCUCUGAGACCCACGGUGGCGAGGACGUGGCGAUAUUUGCCCGUGGCCCUCAGGCACACCUGGUGCAUGGAGUGCAGGAGCAGAAUUACAUCGCCCAUGUCAUGGCCUUUGCAGGCUGCCUGGAACCAUACAGUGACUGUGGCCUGGCGCCCCCUGAGGGCCAGAGCAGUGUGGCAAGUCAAAGCCAGACCUCCACCCUGAUGUUCCUGUUAGCAGGGACAAUGCUGAUGGUGGUGUUGGCAGCUGAACCCUGA